AUGGCGCCCUUUUCUAGGGUAUUUCCUAUGGCUCGCUGUAACCUUUGCCACGUUUCGCGCUCCAUCGUUCGGCCAGUACCUCCCUUGAUUCCACGGGUAUCUUUCCAUUAUACGUCGUUACGACGACAACAUCGAUAUAUAUCCACGUCCCUACCACCUUUGAGAAGAAACAACGACUUUAAUUCUGGCUUUAGUAGUAGCUAUGAUCCAUCAGGCGACUCGGGGCGUGGUCCUAUGUUUAGCAAGACCAACUUCGGCGUACCACAAUUCUAUCCACGCGACCUCAAGAAACGAGUAGACGAUUACGUUGUUGGCCAAGACAAGGCUAAGAAGACAAUAUGCGCGGCAAUAUUCAAUCACUAUCAAAACCUGCGCCGAAGACAUCAACAUGACCAUGAAGACCGAAAUAGGCGUGAUAAGAUGAUGCGCCAGAGGUUUGCGAGGGACAGGGAGCUGCAUCAGAAACGCCGUGAGAUGCACCCAGUUGAAGGUCAGCGUGCACAUGGUUCUGUUCCUGAGCGCUACGCUGCUGAUACCAUUGAAGAUGAAUUCCCAGGACACAAUGAGUCGGUCCGCGGGCUCCAUGAUAGUCACGAAUUCGAUGAUGACCCUAUGGAUCAUCUUUAUGUCACUGAGGAUAUAACAGUCCCCGAGCACGUCAAAAUCGACAAAAGCAAUCUCCUUCUGAUCGGACCGACCGGUGUCGGCAAGACCUAUAUCCUGGAGACACUAAGCAAGAAGAUAAACGUGCCUUUCUCUAUUUGCGACUGCAACUCCUUUACACAGGCCGGAUACAUAGGCCAAGACGUCGAGACAUGCAUUGAACGACUCCUCAUUGAGGCAAAUUAUGAUAUUAAAGCAACAGAGUAUGGCAUCGUUGUACUAGACGAAUUUGACAAGAUCGCGAGGCGCGAGACGACAACCGGCCGGGAUGUUGGGGGCGAAGGUGUCCAGCAGGCUUUACUGAAGCUCGUCGAGGGAACAAAGGUCACAAUCAAUGUCAAGGACAACCGCUCGUCACGAUCCACGCCGCCUAUCACAACAAACUACAAUGCGUCUGGUUCUUCAUCGACGCCCCAGGCAACUCCCCCGGGCGGCAAGGUUGACCAGUAUACUAUUGAUACCAAGAACAUCCUCUUUGUGUUUUGUGGUGCCUUUGUCGGCCUGGAUAAGGCUGUGCUCAGGAGAAUUGCUAAACCAACUAUGGGCUUUGGUGGAGAGCUCCGGGGCCGCUCAUCCAUGUCUGGAAACAAGCAGACCUUACCGGCGGAAACAUAUACACAUCUACCUCACCACAAUCCUCAAUCAGCUUCCUCAUUCACGCCUUUGGAUCUUACCACGCCGGCUGAUCUGCAGAGUUUCGGUUUCAUUCCAGAGCUAAUUGGGCGGCUGCACAACAUCUGUGCUCUUAGUCCAUUAUCCAAGGAAGAUCUUUUCCGCAUCUUGACCGAACCUCGAAACAGCCUUGUUGCCCAAUACACAGCACUUUUCGAAACAUACCCGUCGCGGCUAUUCUUUACAGAGAAAGCAUUGUAUGCCAUUGCUGAGCGAGCUGCAGCUUCAGAGACAGGAGCAAGAGGCCUGAAGAUGGAGAUGGAACGAGUCUUAGCAGAGCCUAUGUUCGACGCCCCUAUGCCCUACGUGCUUAUCACAGAAGCAUGCGUCAAAGGCACUGACAAGGCAGGUUACUGGGGCAAGGACGGUCGAUUUGAGGUAGACAGGAGAAUGCAGGCGGAAGAGAUGCAUCCUGCAAAGGCAAAUCCGGAUAGUGCUUUUGAGAGGUACCGAGAGGCUGGACAGAGUGGUGGCUAA